UCAUUGUAAGCAAAAGUCAUCACGUAUAUUUUAGCAUGGCUCACAGUCACAGUUAAACAUAGUCACACCCACACCUCGCACGCGCCGAAACCGUCGUCAGCGGCCCAGUCCCGUCCGCCGUCUCGUCGUCUUAACACGUUCCAGAUCGCCACCACCAUGAGCCGACUAGGUCGAACCCGGCGCACCCGCGUCUACGACUGCAACUACGACAAGGGCGAGAGCUACUAUCGUCCGGUACUGGAUCGGCUGGACCACAAGACCACGCUCGGCGCGCCUGACCACACCGAUCGCGACCGCAUCCGCGCGGGCGUCGAGAGCCGCAUCAAGAACGCGCUGGACGGCAUGGACGCGGAGGUGGCAAGAGAGGAGCUGUUCGACUCGAGGGGUGCGCGCGCCACGCGUGGUAGGCCGCUCUCUUCGGCUCUCGAAGAAGAUGACCUGGCUGACGAUAUCACAGAAUCUCUUAAACGAAUCCGCGCUGGAAAGAAGCAGUCUCGCUUCGCUGAGGACAUCGACUUCGAAAACUCAGUAUCAAAUCUGGAAAAUCGCAUGAGGAUCUCUGAUAAAAUUUUGGAGACAGUUGGCAUCGGCCAAUCUGAGGUUAGUGGAGCGAGACGUGCCCUGCAAGAGAACGAGGAACGCACAGAGAAACGCAUCGCUCGCAGAUUGAACGAAGAGAACUCGCUGACAAAGUGGACCGCUUUAAAGGACGAGGAGAGUGCCGCAGCACAGCGCGCGAAAGCGAGCCGCGCGCGCCUUUCUGACUUGGAAGACGAGAUGUCAGAGCUGACAGAGCGCAGCGCGGCGCGUGAAAAGCGCGCGGCGCGCCUGCGUGCCCUCGUAGCCGACUCCGACGUUGCCGAUUCCGCCGUAGCCUCCACCAAAAUAACCAUCAGGGAACAGAAGGAAAAGAAACAAGUAUCUUUCUAAACGCUCCUAACAAAUCGACUAUCUGUAAUAACUUUCUGACGUUCUAAAACUUAAAGUUUAGAUUGAUGUCGAGUAUGUUAACACUAUAUUAUAUGGUUUGAGGUAGAGAGGGGUUUGCUAGGAAGUACACUCCUGCAUUUUCUUUUUGUACAAUGGUGAGUUGAUGUUAAUUUUAUACUCGUUGGAUAGAAGAAUAAAGCGCUACGUAUUUCCCUGUUUAUUUAUUGUUUUUUAAGUAAAUAAAUACUUAUUCAUUGUUGUGA